GGCACUGACACAAAUGGAGGAAGCUGACGACCAAUACAACAUUAAGCGCAUCCAGUUUUUCGGACGGUCUGCCACACCAAUCUUUAUGCAGAGUCAUAAUGGACCGUGCCCGCUCCUCGCGCUGGCAAACGUCCUAUCCUUGCGCAACCAACUUCCCGAUCUUUCCUCCUCAGCCACCACCGUCAGCCAGAAACGCCUGAUUGAGAUGGUCGCGGAGCGGCUGGUGGACUCCAAUUUGGGAUCGGCCACCGGUAGCCAUGGACACGCCUUCGCGGCUGACCUCCAGCAAAACUUGUCAGACAGCUUGGACAGUCUGCACAAAUUGGCUGUGGGUAUGGACGUCAACGUGCGCUUUAACAGCGUCUUCGGCUUCGAGCCCACCCAGUUCGUGAGCAUUUUCGACUUGCUGGACAUCUCGCUGUGCCACGGCUGGCUGGUGGACCCCGAGGAUGCGGAGACGACGCGGGUGGUGGCCCACCGCAGCUACAACGAAGUCAUUGAGAUGAUCAUCACCACUAUGGAAGCCGUGCAACAACAACAGCAACAACAGCAGCAAUCCUCGGGGACAUUACCGUCUCCCGUGACGCUGCCAAGCGGGGCUGCGGUAUGGGGCGUUGCGUUAGCGGCUGCGGGUGGUGGCGGCGGUGGCGGUGGAGCCCCUUGUCCCGGUGCUGUCGAAGAGGGGCCCAGCUGCUCACGUGACACUGUCGCAGCAGCGGCAGCAGCGUCGUCACCGCUGCCACCGCCGCCGCCGGAGGCGCCGGGGACGGCCUACCCGGUGGCAGCACCGUUGCCGAUGCAGGCGCCGGUGCCGGCGGAGGCUGCCAUCAGUGGCAGCCAGACGUCGCAGCUAAUAGACUUAGCAGACCUGCUAGGCUGGCGGCCACCGCCGCCACCGCCACCGCUGCCGCCGGCGCCGCCGCCACCUUCACCACCUCCGCCGCCAGAGCCGCUGCCGCCAUCAGGAUGGCCUGACCAGGACACGACGGCGGCUCGGCAACCUGCCGCUACUGCCGCCGCCACUGCUGCCGAAGCAGCAGCUGCAGCUGAAGAAGACGCAAGCCAAGUUGCUCGUCGUAUCUAUGAAGCCAUGGUGGCCCGUGACUUCUUAGAAGCCAGCUGUUCGCAGUUAACGGUGGCCGGAUUGAGGGCGCUACGAAGCGAUCUACGGCCUUCGCAGCUGGCUGUGUUUUUCCGCAACAACCAUUUCUCUGUGGUAUUCAAGCACGGCAGCACCCACCAGGUUUUCCUGCUGGUGACGGAUCAGGGGUACCUUAACGAACCUGAUGUGGUUUGGGAGCAUCUUUCCAGCGUGGCGGGCGACACGCAGUUUUGCGGCGCCGACUUUUCCCCCUUUCGGCCGCACCGGGAGGGUCAGCCCCAGGGAGGGGCCGCCGCCUCCGCUGGCCUUGCAGGUGCAGACGUGCUGAUGAGCGAGGCGGAUGCGGCUGCCGUAGCUGCCGUACUAGCGCAGGACGAGGCUGAGCGGAUGGCCCUAGAGGACCUGAGUGGGGACACGUUUCUGGACGUGUCAGGAAGAGGAGGAGCAGGCGGCGGCGAUCCGGCGGGAAGGGGAGCGAUUGAGGCGGCAGGAGCAGCAGCAGCAGGGCCCUCAACAAGGCCGGCAAACCGGGCAACUGAUGAGAACGGGGAAUCACCGCCGGCACCAGCACCACGACAUUUGCCAACCUAG